GAAGCGAGCGGGAACUGAAGGCACCCCGCGGCAAGCAAAAGCACAGCAAAGAUCAGCAACGAUGGCUCGCUCCUCCGCGUUACCCCGAUGCGUGCUGGGACUCCUCGCCCUCUCCAUCGCCCUCUCCUCCGCCUGCUACAUCCAGAACUGCCCCCGGGGAGGCAAGCGAGCCUUGGCCGAGACGGCACUCAGACAGUGCAUGUCAUGCGGCCCCGGGGAAAAAGGCCGCUGCUACGGCCCAAACAUCUGCUGCGUGGAGGGCUUCGGCUGCCUUCUAGGCUCCUCGGAAACAACUCAAUGUGUGGAGGAGAACUACCUGCUGACUCCCUGCCAGGCCGGGGGCCGACCCUGCGGACUGGAGGGGGGUCGCUGCGCCGCUUCAGGACUCUGCUGUAACUCUGAGAGCUGUUCAGUGGACUCCUCCUGUCUGGGGGAGGUCGACACGAAGAAUCCGGCCGAAACCUCUGCAGGGAGCUCACCUGCAGAGCUUCUUCUGCGCCUUCUCCAUGUAGCCACCAGGGGACAGACAGAGUACUAAGACACUGUCCUGCAAGUUACUCACUUAAAUGCCUUUGAGACUCUCAACCUGAAACUAACAUUCCCUUAAGUCAAUGUUUUCCCAACCUUUGUUGAGCCAAGGCACAAAUUUUACAUUUGGAAAAUCUCACGAUGCUCUGCCAAAAAAAAAAA